ACCAUUACCAUGAGUUGCUAUCGAGAACUUACAUUACGUUACUACAAUCGCUAGCGCCUAAACGCGGUUCGUGUAGAUUUCGAAACAACUGGUACCAUGAGUCAAUUACUCGUUUACUAUACUCGCUAACGUAAGCUCGAUUCAUCGUGUAGUUAACGUUACGAUAGAGAAUUACCUUGGAGUGACGUGCCUAACUUCACAGCAAAGAAAGCUAUCUCUUUUUGACUAUACUGAAACGACAGAGUAGGACGAUAUUGGGCAAAAAGCUAAGUAUCCAAGCAUUCGUUUAAAAAAUAUAAACAUAACCGUGCUAAUUUAAAGCGUCAUGGCACAGUAUUAUUAUGUAAAGUGUCAGUGGGUUCUUGUAUUUGUGUUGGUUACUUUGUCAAUGUGACAGUUCUCUACUUAAGUUUGAGUUGACUGGCUUGACGUCCGUUGGCUGUUGUUGUUUUUGUAAAUUGUGUUUUUGAUUGAAUUGAUUGUGUUCCUGUGAAUAAAAAAGUGCCUAGCGCCGCUAAAGAAGUUUUCACUUUAAAAAAAUGCGUACUAGUACGUCACAAUUUCAACUUCUAGUUGACUACAUGCAAAAGCAUGGUGACCUUAGCAAACCAAAUGAUGGGCCACACGGAAAACAACUUAAUACACGACAGUGGGCCGAGCUCACACAACUUCUGAACGCGGAUGCGACAGGCGUCACUAAAAAUACAGAUAAGUGGAGAAAGGUGUGGAGUGACCUGAAGAACAAUACGAAGAAAAAGGCUGCUCGGAUAUUCAGAGCUGGAGCAGGAACUGGUGGUGGUCCUGCUUGUACAUUAAAGUUAAGUGACCUGGAGCAGAGGGUGCUGGCUAUAACAGGGACACGGGCAGCUACAGGCAUUGUAGAAAUUCCGGAGGUUGGCCUGGAGGUAGGGUAAUGGGUACUUCAUGCUUAAUAACAAUUUCGGCAGGGUGAGCAGCGUGGCGUCGGGCUCACAAGUAAUUUGAGCAGCGUGUACUAAGGCCGCUCCUAUACGCUUGCAUUUGUUUACCUAACAUGCACGCCGCACGCUUCGCCCCGCUGCACGCCCCACUCGAUCGUCCACUCAGGCCUUACACUUAAGGUGACAGUCCAUUUCCAACCGCAGCUGCACUACUGUUCAUUUUACUAUGGAAAUUGACAGUAACAGCAACGCGUUAAGUACCAGUAGUGCAGCGGCGGUCAGAAAUGGAAAUGGAAUGUUACCCUAAGAAUAAAAUAAAGAGUAAGAACUCCCAUACUUAAUCCCCUACACAGAGAAUGCUGUCCUAUGGGAGUUUGUUAUUCUU